GGCCCCGGAGCGGAGCCGCCAUCAUGGCCGACAAGAUGGACAUGUCCCUGGACGAUAUCAUCAAGCUCAACCGGAGCCAGCGCGGCCCCAAGCAGCUCCCCGAGAAGUGGCAGCACGACCUGUUCGACAGCGGCUUCGGGGCGGGCGCCGGCGUCGAGACCGGCGGGAAGCUGCUCGUCUCCAACCUCGACUUUGGCGUCUCGGAUGCCGACAUCCAGGAACUCUUUGCGGAAUUUGGGACCUUGAAGAAGGCAGCAGUGCACUAUGACAGAUCUGGACGCAGUCUAGGGACGGCAGACGUGCAUUUUGAAAGAAAGGCAGACGCUUUGAAAGCUAUGAAGCAGUACAAUGGAGUCCCCUUGGACGGGCGCCCCAUGAACAUUCAGCUGGUUACGUCACAGAUAGACACACAGAGGAGACCAGCACAGAGUGUAAACAGAGGUGGCAUGACCAGAAACCGUGGUGGUACAGGAGGAUUUGGUGGUGGAGGUGGCAACAGGCGAGGUAGUCGUGGUGGGAGCAGAGGGAGAGGCAGAGGAGCUGGAAGAACUUCCAAACAGCAGCUCUCUGCGGAAGAGCUAGAUGCACAGCUGGAUGCUUACAACGCCAGGAUGGACACCAGCUAAAGCAGCGAGCGGCAGUGCAUGGGAGCGGACUCCAGACAUCUCAUUCCAUGCUCUCCGGCGGGAGGGGCGUGCGACUGUGGCUACUAAUAUCAAGGAUGGGAUUUGUUUUACUUUUAUGUUUUGGAAUAGGUUUUAAACUCAUGUAAAGGUUUUUUUUAAUUCUGAAGCAGACCUGUUUUGUACUGAGUUAUUUUUGGGAUAAAUUUUACUGGUUGCCUGUUGGGCCGAGGUGGCUUUUUCACCUUUGCCGUAAUAAAAUAGAACCGUGUCUAGA